AUGUUUGCUCCGUCACGGUCGAACCACGGGGCACAUGUAGCCCAUUUGCCUCAUCCAAGCCAAUCGAGUGCCGCCGGGGAAUUGCAAGCUAUUCUCGCUGUUUGGGAAGCUGAGAAUGAUAAUGCUUCGUUCAGUGUUAAACCAUCCCUUAUAAGACUUUCGGAACUAAUAGAAGAAGCAACUGAUGAUUUUUUGAAGCAAGAUCCAGAUCCUCUAGAUGAUCGUCAUCCAGCCAAAACAUAUCCUUCAUGUAUCCUUGGCCAUUUGUUGAAAGUUAUCAGUCGCUACGAAGAAUUCAUGAACAAGCUUCUUGUGUCUUACUUGAUGUCUCGCGAUGACAUUGAAUUGAAUAUUGCCUCCGCAAGAUUGUUGCUCAAUCUUAUCCCCGGUUUAGAUUCUGCUGUCUUAUCGGAACCGGAAGGUUUGAUACCACAACUUUACAGAUGGGCGGAAAGUGAUGCUACCAAUUAUUAUUUACGGGCGUACUCUUUUGGUUUGCUUGCUGCCGCCUUAGAUGUAACAAGUGUUGCAAGUAGUCUUAAAAUAGAAAACUCUGCUCUCAUUCCAAUUGCUCUGCGACGUUUAAAGGAUUUGUUUGAACGAAUGGAAAGGGAGAAACAAGAAAUUAUGGAAGUAUCAGAACCAGAUAAAGAAAAUAAAGAAGAGGAUUUUGAAGAUAAUGGUUCAUUUGCUGGUAUUCCCAGGGAAACAUUCCACAGCGGUGAAAGACCUUCAUUAUCUGAUAUUUUGAAAGAACGUGAAACAACAAAAUGCUUUGGGGCGGAAACGUCAGGAUCAUCCGUUGCAGUUGCUACGAGGAAUUUCACUGGAUCUGUAUAUAAUGAAGAAAGAAAAUCCUUCCUAAGAAUACGUGAACCAAUUUACGAGCAUCCAAGAACAUCCGAGAACUUAGAGUUGGGUGUACCACCGCGAAAAAAAUUCAAACUAGAUAAAGAAGAACGUACUCGUAGCUCAAGCACAUUAUGGUCGGCAUCAUUUAUUGAGGGGAAAAGUAACAGUCAGUGGGCUGAGAUGCAAAAGCGGCGUCUUGGAGAAUACCGAAUCUUUCCUUUAACAACUGUUAUGGAACAGCGCCUAAUUAUUCAGUAUCUUACACCUGUUGGAGAAUAUCAGGAUCUUUUGAAAGAAACCUACGAGAAUCGUUCACUGGAUCUUGUUUUACGCUAUCUAGAGGGUGCACGGAAUCACGAUAGCCGUCUCAUAUUUGAUGUUUUGAAGUAUCUUGCCGGUCUUUUGGUUCAUCGUAGACUCGCACUAGAUUUUGUGGCAGCCGGUGGCGUAGAUCUUUUGAUUCGUAUAGAACGUGACUCAUUGGCAUCAGUUGUUGUUGGAACAUGUCUGUAUUAUUUGGCUUAUAAUGCAGACGCGAUGGAAGGCGUUUGCCUUUUGCCGGAGCAGACUCUUAAUGAGCUUGUUCACUACGCGCUGUGGCUUUUGGAGCAUAGUUAUGAAAGUGGUCGCGCUGGUUCCUCAAUGUUUUUUACUCACGCAUUCCAAUUUCGACCUAUACUUGAACGAUUCGAUGAUUAUGAUGGGCCUCGGCGCUUGUUUAAUUAUAUUUCAACCUUAACCCUCUUGCAAGAAGAUUCGGAGAACGUUCUUUCUGAUGAACAUCUCUAUACUAGUAUGCAAGCCAUUCGAAAUACUUGUAUGGCUUUCAGAAGCUAUAUGGCUGCUCAUAUCUUUGUUAAAGUGGAACAUCUGAAACGAAUACAUGUAUCUCGGUUACAGUGUCUUAAGGAUAUCGUCAUUCCUUCGUGUGUCCAUGGUUUACCGGCUAAUAAGGGGAUGCAUCUUGAUGACGAAAAUUUGAAAACAUGCGUUUGGAUUCUGCUACACACUUUGGGUUUGCAUUCGUCUUGGCGACCUGUUGAAGAACUGAAACGUUUAGGAGUUAUUCGCACUAUGUAUUUUCUAGUUGGUACGGCUAAUUCUUGGAAUGGUGGUUCAAAAAUUGAAAUUCUUAAAAUGUCUCUUGAUGUUUUGUGGAUGUGUUCUGCUGUGCCUCGGAUUCAGAUGGAUAUUUGCGAAAGUACAUUGAAAAUACGGGAGCAGAAUGCUGAAACUGUCGGAACAAUUUUGGAAUUCUGUGAAGGUGAAAUGGUGGUAGACUCUGAAGUUCAAUUCGCUGCUUUAAAAGUGAUAAUAAAUUGUGUGUGUGCUCCACUGGAACGACACAGUGGACGACUGGCUAUAUCGCCUCCAGCUAGUGACACUUUAGUACAUUCUUCUGAUUCUCGAAUAAGCUGCCGAAGCGUUGGAACACCUUAUAAAAUACGAAAACAAAGGAAAGCACAGAUGGAAUUUUUUCUAGAAAAAAUGUGGACUACCGUUCGAAGAAAUAAUGGGAUUAUGAUCUUGAAAAAACUGCUCUACACAGAAACGCCAAUCACAGAAGCAGAUGCACUUCGCGGAAUCGCAUGUCAGGCUCUUAAUGGUUUAGCACGUUCCGAAAGUGUUCGUCAAAUCCUUGAAAUAAUGCCACUUAUUGCAAACAGCGAGCUUUGCGGUCUGAUGCGUGAACCCGUUCUACAGGAGCGACGUGCUGAACAUGCCAGAUUCUGUGAGCAAGCUCAUUUACUGAUUGAAAAAAUCACCAACAAGCGAAUCCAAGAUUUUCCAAAAGAUCUGACGAAAGAAAAGCUCUGGAAAUGGCAUAUAGUUGCUCAUACCAAAAUUGUUUACAAUGAUAAAGAAUUGUUGCAAUUGAUACAUCAACACCUGAUCAAAAAGGGUUUGCUCAAUACAGCGGAUAAUUUAAAAACUGAAGCCAGUUUACCUGAUAUACCUGCAAGUCGUGUCUCCACCGGUCUGCGUUCUAUCGGUGCACUGCCAAAACGUUUUGAAAAUACUUUUUCUGAUGUCAACAGCGAAAUUGUGUCGGAAAAAACUUUAAUUUUAAGUACCUUUGGUGGUAACGGUCGACGUCGAAAAAGUGAACAAUCAACGAUAUCCACCAUUACGGCAGAACGCACACCAGUUAAUGAGCAGCGAGACCAAAUAACUGCCUUAACCUCGAUACCCAUAUCAAAAUCAACGAAGGCAUUGAGCAUUACUGGGCGUCGUCAUUUUGACGGGAGUCCUCCAGGAACGUCCUUUAUAAGUAGCUGUUCAACAGACCUUGGAAAACUGGAGGUUACCGACAGCAGUGAAAAUGUCACGUGUCCUCAAUUGCCAUCGGCAAUGCCAGUACCUCCGAAAGAUCUUGAUGAAAUCGUUACAGAUUUUUUCAGAAAGCAACAUUCGACUUGUUGUAAUCCGGUAUCUACGUGUCCACCCUUCUCACUCUACUAUCCACAUCACUGCCCGGAACCGCAACGUAAACGUUUUGCUCCAAAAAAUAUUGCAAAUCGAUUUCUAAGACGUCCGUUAAUUUCGGCUGCUUGGAAUCGGGAAAGAUUCAGAGAGGACAUUCACUUUGCUUUCAGUCGCUUUCGUCCAGUACGAUCAUUCACGGAAAGCGAAGAGACAUUUACUUGCUGUAGUUUUUCGAUUGAUGAUGAACACAUAUUGUUAGGCUCUUAUGCUGGUGGUUUGAACUGGUUUAAUAUACAUACCGGUGCUGAGGAAUCGAAUACCGAAUGCCAUCAUAGUGCAAUUACUGGUAUCGAACAAUCAAAAGAUGGUUCGCUAUUGCUUACUUCAUCUGCCUUUGUGAAGCCGCUUUCUUCACUCUGGCGCAUUGGUGAAACGCAAGAACAUAUGAUCAAUUUUCCAGACGAAUAUUUUGUUGAAUUCAAUAAAACAGUUCAAGAUCGUAUCAUCGGAACGCAAGGGAGUAAAGCAACGAUUUAUGAUACGGAAACUGGUCGAGCUGUGGUUCGUCUUUUUGAUGACACGUUGGCAAGUAAUUAUACUCGUAACAAGGCAACAUUUGACCCAAGAGAUGAAUUGGUAUUGAAUGAUGGUAUAUUAUGGGAUCCGAGAUUGGGAGUGAAAAUGGUGCACAAGUUCGACAAAAUGAAUGCUGUAAAUUGUGGUAUAUUCCAUCCACGUGGAAAUGAAGUUAUCAUAAAUUCUGAAGUGUGGGAUGUGCGUAACUUCAAAUUGCUGCAUAGUAUCAGUGCACUUGAUCAGUGUAAAAUUGUAUUUAGUGGUGGCACAGAUGCUAUUUACGGAUCAGCUUAUUUGGAUGUAGAAGAAAUAGAUGAUCGCUUUCGUCAAACAUUUGCUUGUUCGUUUCGAACUUUUGAUUCUACUACCUACAAGGUAAUUACAACAGUGGACGCAAAACGAGCUUUAUUCGAUUUCUGUGCUGAUCAUAACGAUCAGUAUAUGGCUUUGAUAGAAGCUCAUGGGAAUGCAGAUGAUUUGUUAGAGCUGCGAGAAAAUGUAUGCCGUCUUUACGAGGUUGGGAAACGCCGUGAAGCAGACGAGUGUGAUGAUGAACAAGAGGAAACAGGUGACGAUAAUGAAGAUGAUGAUAUGGGUUCAUCUAGUGAAAUGGACACAUCGCUUGAAGAUACGACUGCUACGGAUUCUUCAUCGGAAGAGAAUUCUGAUGAAGAAAGUGAUGGAUCCGUAUACGAAUCGGCACGUAGUCCUAAUGGAAGUUUGAAUGAUGAUGAACAGUGGGCAGAUAAUAAUGAACACGUUUCGGAAAACGGCGAAAAUUCAGAACGAAAUAAUGGUGUACUUUUGCGAAUUGGUGAUCGUGAGGCUCUAAAUAUUGUUUUUGAUCCGGGUACGAACCGACGUGAUAUUCGCUUAUUACAUGCGCUGGCAGUGGAUUCGGAUAGCGAUACAGAGGUGGAUGUUAGCUACAAUCCUGACGAAGAUUCAGCAAAUUCUGAUAUGCAUCCGGGUUCAAGUUCAAUUGUUUUGAAUCCAGUACUUCGAAGGCAGCGAAGAGCUGAACGCGAAUAA